AUGGCAUCGACAUUUGCAUUUCAGAAGGACGUCCCGAAAUUGCCCAUCCCGUCGCUCAAGGAUACGUGCAACAGCUACUUGCUGUACUUGAAGCCUCUCCAGGGGCAGCAGGAGCACGAGGCGACAAAGCAGGCAGUUGCGGACUUUGUGAACGGCCCGGUGGGACCGACGUUGAACGACAACUUGGUGCAAUACGACAAGACCCAGGAGUCGUAUAUUGAAAAGUUCUGGUACGAAUCCUAUCUCAACUAUGACUCCCCGGUGGUUUUGAAUUUAAACCCGUUUUUUCUCUUGGAGGACGACCCGCGCCCGCUCUACAACACGUCGCAGGUAAAGCGUGCGGCGUCGCUUACGAUUUCCUCGCUCAACUUUAUCCGCAGCUUGCGCCGCGAGGAGUUGGCGCCGGACAUGGUGCGUGGCAAGAUUCCGAUGUGCAUGUAUCAGUAUACGAAGUUGUUUGGCGCGGCGCGCAUUCCAACCGCGCGCGCGAACGAGGGCUGCCACAUUACGAUCGACGAGCAGUCGCGUCACGUAGUGGUGAUGGCAAAGUCGCAGAUGUACUGGUUCGACGUGUUGGACCACAACAACGACCUCAUCAUGACGGAAAACGAUUUAGUUUUGAACUACCGGUCGAUCGUGGAAGAUGCUGCGCGUACGCCGAUCGACCAGGUUGCGCAGCGUGCGUUGGGUGUCUUGACCACCGAAACGCGCUCCGUGUGGGCCAAGUUGCGUGGAUCGUUACGGGAGUCCGAGGCGAAUCGCGUGAUCUUGGACAAGAUCGACCGUGCGUUGUUUGUGGUGUGCUUGGACGACGUGGAGCUCACGGAGUUGGAUGAAAUCUCCACCAACAUGUUGUGCGGGUUGUCGGUGUUGGAAAAGGGCGUGCAGGUGGGGACCUGUACCAACAGGUGGUACGACAAAUUGCAGUUGAUCGUGACAAAAAACGCCAAGGUCGGGGUUAACUUUGAGCACACGGCUGUGGACGGCCACACGGUUCUCAGGUUUGUCGGCGAUAUCUACACAGACUCGAUUUUGACGUUUGCGAGGCAGAUUAACGGGAAUUCGCCGUCGUUGUGGAAGACCGAAUCGCCAGAUCCAGCCACCAGAACGCCGGAGUCGUUUGGCGAAAAUGUCAUCACCAUUCCGCGAAAAUUGGAGUGGCAGUUGGGUAGCCAGAGCGCGGGUGAGAUCUCGCUCGCGCUCAGAUUCGGAGAGACCAGAUUGUCCGAUUUGAUCCAGCAAAACGAGUUCCAGGUGCUAGAAUUCAAGAACUACGGAUCAAACACGAUUAAAAAGAGGUUUGCCUGUUCCCCAGAUGCGUUCAUCCAGAUGGCCUACCAGGCAACGUACUAUGCGUUGUACGGAAAGGUUGAGUGCACCUACGAGCCAGCCAUGACCAAGUUGUUCCACCACGGGAGAACCGAGGCCAUCCGAACGGUUUCCGAGGAAUCCAACUUGUUUGUCCGAAAGUUCUUUUCUGGAAAUGUCUCGAACAAGGACAAGACAACGCUUUUGCAGGCAGCUGCUGCGAAGCACUCCAAGACCACCAGCGCGUGCGCAAAGGGUUUGGGCGCGGACCGCCACUUGUACGCGUUGUACUGCAUCUGGAAGAAGUACUACGACCCCCUUGCGUCGCCCUCUGGAGAGAGAGAGGAGCUCGAUUUGGGUAUCAAGGAGUCGGAAACCCCCAUGUCUGGAUCAUCUACCGCGACAAUCUACGACUCCGCCGACCUCUUGUCACGUAUGCCGCUGAUCUUUGCGGACAAGGGAUGGGAGAGGUUGAACAAUACAAUCAUUUCCACCUCUAAUUGCGGUAACCCGGCCUUGAAGAACUUCGGGUUUGGCCCCGUGUCGGCUAACGGAUUCGGGAUCGCUUACAUCUUGAAGGACGAGUCACUCACUGUGUGUGUGUCCUCCAAGCACCGUCAGACCGCUCGGUUUGUGGACACCUUGUAUAACUACUUGAUGGAGAUCGAGAACGUAUUCGCGCAGGUCGCGUCCGAGGCUGCUGUUCCGACCGCCGUUCCUAAGGACGUUCGUGAAGGCCUGGCUACCCCCGGUGUGCAGAGCCAGACGUAUUUGAACUUGUUGCUCGGUGGGUACGGCUACUUUGAUGUAGGCGAUGAUUUUAUCAAGUCCAGAGGUACGUCGCCGGAUAGGGCCGCCAGCUUGUUCCAGGGGCGGCCGAUGGACUCGGCAUUGAUGGGCCAUGAGAAGCUGAAUUUGGUGGACGAGUUGGAUCGGAGAUUGAGGUUGGUUCAGCAGUAG